AAGAUAAGGAAAUGGAUGAUUUUCUGAUUUGUAAAGAAAAGGAAAGAGUUAGUAAUAUGAUGAGGGAGAAAAAUAGGGAAAAUAAGCUUCAACGUACCAUUUCUUCUGAAAUAAAUUCUACAACUGAAAUUUCCCAUAGCCAAAAAAUAAUCCAAUCGGAACCUGAAACAUUCGAUGAAUCAGAGAAAAUAACCAUAUCGGAAGUAAAGAAAAUUCCCUAUAACCAAAAAGUGGAGCAAGGUUUGAGGCUUGAAUUAUCCAUUUGCGUCAAAAACGAUAGUAACAAAACUAAUGAUGUAAUUGAUAUACAGAUUCCUGAAUUCUCUAUAGAAGCGAUUCUAACAGGAUCUAGUGAAGUUACAGCAGAAAAUAUAGCUGAUUUAUUUAACAUUGCUAUGAAGACUAGACAAAAGGAGAUUUUAUGCUGGUACUGUUAUUAUAAAGCGUACGAGGAUAGAGUUAGAAAUAUUAGGACUAUGGAUAAAAUUGAUGACAAAUCUGCAAGAACAUUGGUAUAUAAUGAAAUCAAAUCACUUUUACCUGAUGUUACUGAUACAACUACUAUGAAUGAAAACCGAAAAGUAAUCUCCGUUCCAAAUUGGAACGCACACGUGACUGAACAAACUUUACCAGAAACCGAG